AUGGCUCAAUCUGAACGCGUCGAAAAGCUCCUGGCUACCAUCCAGAUAUUGCAGGAUGCUGCAACUGGGCUAGUAAAGGAAUGGCAGAAGGAGGACAAGGCCUCGCAGCAAGAGGAUUGGGUAGGAAGCAAACUCCCCUCCGUUGAAAUCUAUAAUGCGACCCGUACUAUCAUGGCCUCCUGUGGCCUGAUUGGCGAAUUGGUCGACGAACCCCAAAGCCGCUUGUUGACCGUCGCCUGCGAAUACUUCGAGGCCCGAGCGCUCCAUAUUGCUUCGGAGCACCGUAUCGCAGACCUUGUUGCUAACGCCGAUCCGAAAGUUGGCGUUCACAUCGAUGUGUUGGCGAAGGCAACCGGUAUCGACUCGCGCAAACUCGCACGAGUCCUAAGGACACUUUGCUCUGCCCACAUCUUCGCAGAAGUCCAGAAUGAUCACUUCGCGAACAACAGCGUCAGCAAGACACUCGUCCACAACGAGCCAUUGCGAGCCUACAUUGUGUCUCUCGCAUUGGACAUCUACUCAGCUUCUGAUAAGCUCCCGCAAAUUCUCGUUGAUCCCAUCAAAGGGAAAUCCAACGACGUGAAAGUCACCGCUUUCCAAGAAGCUUUGAACACGAAACUGUCCCGUUGGGAGUGGUUGGAAGAGGGUGUUAAGCAGCCUGACGGCACGGUCACCCGGAGACCAGAAUUAGACAUUUUCGGAUUAGCCAUGCUCGGCGGUGGUCGUGUAUUGGGAACACCCUUAUACUAUGACUUCCCAUGGGAGUCACUAGGGAACAGCUUGAUUGUGGACGUUGGCGGAGGUGUUGGUGGCAUGAGCAUGGACCUCGCAAAGAGGUAUCCCAACCUGAGAUUCGUUGUUCAAGACAGAGCGCAGGUCAUCACGCAGGCUCGUACCGUGUGGGAGAAAGAGUUCCCUCAGGCCCUCGAGAACAGGGUUACGCUGAUGCCACACAACUUCUUCGACGAAAACCCGGUCAAGGGCCCAGAUGCCUUCUUGCUCAGAUAUAUUUUGCACGACUGGGAAGAUGACCGCUGCGUUGACAUCCUGAAGGGCUUGACUCCGAGCAUGGGCCCCAACACUCGCGUCCUAAUUGCCGAUCAAGUCAUGAACACCACCGUCGGCUGCCCGGAAUUGCAAUCCGCCCCAGCUCCUCUUCCUGCAAACUACGGUGCUUUCACCAAAUUCGCCCACUGCAGAGAUUUGGACAUGAUGACCAUUAUCAACGGCAUGGAGCGUACGCCAGCUAUGGUUCGUGAUUUGGCACACAGAGCCGGGCUCGAAUUGAGCAGGAUUUGGGAGUGCCGUGGAAUCGUGUCAUUCUGCGAACUCCGUCUUCCUCAAUCAGCCUGA